AACCUGCAGAAGACGGAGAGGUGAGCAAACAACCUGGAGUUGCAGCAGUGUCCACAUACCCAGAGGAUUUUUGGUAUCCAUCACUGUCAGUGACAGUUUCCAUUACAGCAGUCACAGAUGGCUGAGCAGGGGAGGAUCGUCAUGCCGGCUGCUGGAGCAAUUGGCAGGAGGGGACAGUUGACCAGCAAUGCAAUCAAACUCCACAAUACUUACGUGGCAUCUUAUGACUCAGGCAGGAUGAGAUUCACUUAUCUCAGACGUCCCAGUGAGACAGGCUUUACAUCAAACCAGAGACCAGCUAUAUAUUAUAGGCCUAGUUUGGACCACAUUGACAACCCUCAGUUUGGACUCUUGUUAUCUGACAGCUUUGUGUCUCAAACUAAACGACACUACCAGCCUCACAUCCACUCUGAUUGUUCUGGGUCUUCAAACAUCGUUAACAAACCCAGACACAGCGGCUUCCAUCAGCUGAGGAUUCAGCCAAAAGCUGCGUCAGUGGAGGAGAAGACAGAAUAUCAAAGUAUUUUUGUGUUCCAUCAUCCUACACCAGCAGUUUCUCAGAACAAUGUGACUGUAGGUCCUAAAGGACGGAUUGGUUUCACUAAGGCAGCAGAGCUUCAGGUUAACACCAGCUUUUUGGGUGAACCUCAUCAGACUCCCAGCACAGUGAUGAAAACUGACUUCAUGCCAUUCUCCCUGCUACAGGGUCCUGAGGCAAAAUCAGGCCUGUGCAGCCGUUCUUGUAGAGAAACAGGAUUUACACGAGGUGACAUCACUCCCUUGGCCCACCCAAGCUCCCUUCUACCAUCACUUUCUACCAAGACUAACACCAAGGCACCAACUGUGUCAACCAUUGGAAAAAAGGAGCCCACAGGACAUGUUCUAAAUGCUCAGAAAAAACAAGUUUUCCCUAAUGCAACUUUUGAUUUCUCAAACUUCACUACGCAUUAUCAAAGCAAUUUCGGCCAUCGAGCUGAUCUGGAAAAGCUGAAAUCAGGUAACUCCUGUGCAGGGAUUGUCAGCUCUAAAAUGGAAAAUGGCUACAAUCGCCGGGACAUGGACAGGUACAUCCUCAGAGACAACACCUUCUCACACCUGUGAUGUUCCCUGAAUUGCAACUUGUAACAAAUAUAUAAAUUGGAGCUUUCUGCAGUCUGACAUAUCCUCAUAAUAAAAUGCUGAAAAUUUCAC